AUGAAGCACCCCAGUGUCAAUGACAAGGAGCUUGGACCUGAGCUUGAAACUAAUCAAGAAACUGCAGACCAUGAAGAACCCAAACCUAAGCAGCCAAACAAAACACCGAGCAAUCUGUAUCAAGGUACCAAAGUUUGUUGUGAUUUGCAAGAAAUUGUUCAAGUCCCUAGCAAUAAAAAGGUACAUGUUAGACUUUCUCAACCUGUUUAUAAUGAUUCCAUGAGUUGUAUGAUGCACUUGCUUUUCUCCAAAAGUGUUGAGACAGGUACAGGGUCUAGUGAAGAACAAUGGAAGCAAGAAGAUAAAGAAAAAGAAGCUCAAUCCGAACAGAUUCCACCAAAGUCUAAACCACCAGAUCAAAAACUACAAGGACUAAGCACUACAUGUUUCAUGUUGAAAGAGUUUAGGGCGGAACCACACAUUUAUCCAGCCCCAGGUUCUAUGGAAAAGUAUAAGAGUUUAGGAAAAGCAGCAUCAGGAGGAGAGGCAGCACUGAUCCAACAUCAAGAAGAGUGGCUCACAAGUUCCAAUCCAAUUCCAGAGAAACCACCAGACUCUUAUCCACGAAAUCCAAAGCAGCAAACUCGAGGUAAGUAUAACAUCAGUCUGAGUUUUAAUGUUUCUGAUUUAUCUCCUUUUCUUGCAGAUGAUCCAGAUUUGAGGACAAAUCUUUUUCAAGAGGGAGGGGAUGAUAUGAUCAUGGCCGAGGUUGCUCAAGACAAGGAGAAGGAACCGGAUGGACAGCUUGUAGCCGUGGAGCAGCUUGUAGCUGAGGAAGCUUUGGUCAUUCCAACCGAUCGCGAACUAAGCUAUUCAACCAAGAGAUUGGAAGAAUACUUAGCUACUUGGGUCAGAGCGAUACUGAGGUUAUUCAAACCACCCUGGUUUGUAUAA